AUGGUGCCUUCAGGUGUUUCAUCAGAAGAGGCACGCUCGUCAUGUUCAUCCUCUUCUUCUUCGACAUCGACAGCGAUCACGACCUCUACACCACCACGCUCCAACUUCCCAUCAGCUGAUGCCACAGCCGUCAACACAGCUGCGCCUACACGACGCAACAGUCUCUCGCUCAACAAUGCUCUGUCCACCUCACCAUCCAGCAACGCAACAACGGGCGCCAAGGGUGUCUCACCCAAGUGUCUCGCUCAGCGUCUGCUCCAGCAACAGUACCCUGAUGACUUUGCAAAGUCCAAAAGCGACUGCGAUGUGCAGAUCGACGUCCAGACGUGUCCCAAUACCCUCGUCGCCAACACCCCUCGUGCAUCGUUAGACAAGCUCGACCGUCCCAAACUCAUCGACGCCACGUCUGCCUCUUCGCUCACCUCUGACUUGAGUCAAGAUGUGGAAAAGGCCGACCCAACAAUAGACUACGGUCCAGCACCCGACGGAGGCAUGCAGGCAUGGCUCGUCGUCGCCAGCACCUUUCUGCUCAUCAUGACCAACUUUGGCCUGCUCACAUCGUACGGUGUGUUUCAGAGCUACUACGUCUCUCACCAACUCGCACACCUCCCACCAUCGACGGUCAGCUGGAUCGGAAGUCUGCAGACCUUCAUGAUCCUCGGAGGGUCAUUUGUGUUUGGCAAGAUCUCGGACGAUCACGGCAGUCGAUGGGUGCUUGUGUGCGGCAGCGUCAUCACGUUCGUCUCGAUGCUGGGCGUGUCGUUCUGUUCGACGCUGAUCCAGUUGAUCUUGGUGCAAGGUGUUCUGUUCGGACUGGGUGGCAGUAUGCUCUUCCUGCCUGGAUGUGCGCUGGUGAACCAGUACUUUGACAAGCGCAAGGGCACUGCAAUGUCGGUCAUCAUCGGCGCCGCGUCCUUCGGCGGGAUUGUAUGGCCACUCAUAUUGCAGGCCCUUUUCGAUCAGCCCAAGAUCGGCUUUGGCUGGGGUGUGCGCAUCGCUGCCGUCCUUCUAGCCGUCCUGCUCACCAUCAGCAACGUGCUCAUGCGACCGCGUCUGCCACCUACCCACAAGUCACUCCAUCAACCCUGGUCCCAAGCGUGGACACUCCUCACCCAGGACCCAACCACCUACACGCUGUUCGUGGUCGGAGUCGCCGUGCUGUUCAUCAACUUUUUCGUGCCCUUCUUCACCAUCGCUUCGUACGCCAAAAAGGUCGGCUUCACGCCAUCCAUGGCAACGCACAUGGUGGCCAUCAUGAACGCGGCAAGCAUGAUCGGUCGUCUGGCGUCCGGCCCCCUCGCCGACAAGUACGGCAGGUUCAACGUGCUGAGCCUGUUUGGCUUCGCGAGCUUCUUGUCGCUCGUGCUGUUCUGGCCGAUCCCUGGUCUGACGCUGACCAAGGCAGGCGUGUACGCGCUGUCGAUCACGUACGGUGUUGCGUCGGGGGGCAGCAUUGCCACCGUGGCUUCGUGUGUGGCUCAGAUCUCGCCCAAGAACGCUGGUGCCAAGUUGGGCUUGAUGUGGACCAUGGCUGCUCCGGGAACGCUGGUGGGCCCCGUGAUCUCAACUACGCUCGUCAGCAGGAUGGACGGCAGGUAUACCGCUCUUGCCAUCUGGGCAGCGGGUACGACGCUCAUCGGCUCGCUCGUCAUCGCCAAGGUCAGGUUCCACCUCUCGAGCGGCAAGUGGAUCGCCAAGGUCUGA